AUGCCGGGAGGGAAUAGAAAUUUGCGUUCGACGCUACGACGACGUUCGGUUACCGUUGCAUUGGAAGAGCCAUCGGAAGAUGUUGACGUGGGAGGAGGAAUAGGUGAUAGCGGAGUUCAUGAGCUGGUCGAUGUUGAGGGUGAUGCACCACCUAACUUUCCUCAGGAAACGGCACCAACAACCAGUAAAACUAAACUUUGCAAGCGAGAGAUCGAUGAAGAUGAGGAUGAAAAUCAGCCAGUAAUGAAAAUCCGUCGUAUCACGACGCCAGCAUAUGCAAUUCGACGAAUUGAUCGGCGUGUUUGGCCGAGCGAAGUACCUCGAAAAAAUUAUAAUUAUGGGAAAACCACAGCAUAUAGCGUAAGAAAGGAACAAGAAUUGGCACCCAAUCCAAAUAAUCCUCAUUUCUGUUUUACGGGUCAUCAGCGUUUAUAUCCAUAUCGGUUUUAUCUCGACCUUAUCCGUAGAGCGAAAAGAGAUCCUUCAAUCAUCAGUUUGGAUAUGCCAAAAUUAAGACCUGUAGGGGGAACAAUAAUUGUCUAUGACUGUCAUGGUAUCGACCAAAAUCGAGCCCUUCACAAUGAUGGCUAUCGCUGGGGCCGCUCGAAAGGUGUGAAACUGAUUCAGAGUGUUGGCAAUAGACUUGUACGCACAUAUCAUUUUCUGUAUGAUCCGAAUAAUCCGGCUGGAGAUCCGAGUUUUAAGAAAUACCGUUUUUCGUUGAAAGGUGAAAAUUAUGGCGUAAUGGUCAUGCAUUAUAUCGGUGACGAAAAGCAUGCGGCGGAAGUUUCAGCUAGAUGCAUGCGGAACAAUGAUCCAAUGGCUAUGUUAGCAUAUAGUGAAGCACAACAGGGAGUUGAAGAUUUGCAUUCGUUAAACUUGUUGCCAUUACCUAUGUUAAAUGAACACUCAUCUGAAGAAGAGCGAAACAAAUUUCGUCAAACUUUGUUAUCCAAUAUUCAGGGCCUUCAACGGCAGUUAUUGUAUGAAAAUGAAGAAACUUUUGUGGAAAGAGUUGAAUUUGAUGACUGUGGUGUGAGUGUAGUUUAUUUGUUUUGCUAUCCAUUGGUGGAACAGUUAAUUGCUGUGGCAGGUUAUUUGCAACAAGGCACUCCGUUCCGUACCGUUCAGCUUUUUUACCAUACUGAACCAGUCACUGUCGAUUAUCACCUUUCUACGCUUUCGUUCGUACAUCCAUUUUUUGAAGGUGACCAAGUGUUACCCAUAGCUUUCAUGAUCAGCUCGACUGCAUCACCGGACCGUUGUGAUGAUCAUGACAGUUUUUUGUCAACAUUAUACGAUAGAUUUAAUGAGCUUCUUAAUGGGCGUUUUGUGAUUAUCACCGGCCAGAGCUUGUGUUUCACCCCGGAUGCUUUUCCGGUUGCCGAACACAUUCGGUGCUGGGAUGAUUUCAAAAGAGUGAAACUCAGUUAUAUUGAAACUCUUUUUGGAGGAGCUAAUUUGAAUGAAUAUGCCAGUGAUAUGAAUAUUUUGAUGAGCUGUACUUAUGAAAAACUUUUCGAUGAGAUGUGGGGAAAAAUAAGUGCAUGCAAACGUUAUACUGAACGGCCAGAUGUAUACAGUUAUUUUGAUAAUGUUUGGAGUGAUUUUAAAUUUACUAGUUCCAUCUGGCAUUUGAAGAACUGCGGUGUUCCAGAUGCUGACAAGGGUAUAACUUGGCGACCGUGUAAAGGUUUAAGUAAGCUUGUUUCGCAGCUCUGUGAUAGUAACGCUCUGCUUGAUACUAUUAUUAUAUCACUGUUUUUAUUGUCAAAUGCAUAUCGAAGGUUGUUUAUUGCUGGACUGCAUCAGUCAGGUGCAUGGAGAUUGAAGAAAUGUUACAGGGAGCGUUUUCAGCAGAGUCAUUUGAAGUUACCUAAAUUACCGUAUGCACCAGCCAUGGAAAAUAUUGUGAUGACCUCAUUCAGUAUGUGUCCAAAUCGUCCUUACAAACGGUUGUCGCAUGACGGAGUAAAUGAUGGUUCAACAUUGUCGACGUGUCUUGAUAAUGAGUAUCAAAAUCAUCCUAGUUCUCUGUCUAACCAAAUUGACUUACCUUCUACAAGUUCUUUAUUCUGGGAAGGGCAUCCUGAAUCAAAUUUUGAGUUUAUUAUCGAUGCCGAUGAUUCGCGCUUACCAUAUUCUAGAAACGCAUAUGUACGUUUGGUUAGUCCAAUGACUUUUGCGGUUCGAGCAAGAGAUGGUUCACCACAUAUUGUAGAGGCCACACAUCGUGAUGAUCUCGAUUCAUUGCAGUGGUACUGUAGUUGCGGGCUAAGGCAACGGUGCAGUCAUAUCGCUAGUGUUAUGUUAGUUCUUCAAUCCUUGUAUUGA